GCAUAACUGCUUCACUUCAUCUUCAUCAUCAUCUCUCUCUGUAAACAGCCAUGGUUCUCCGCAACCACAGCUGCUCCACAAUUCACCUCAUUCUCCUCUACUUCUGCAUCACCGCUUCCGCUUCCCUCGCCGACGACACCAUCUCCGGCAACCGAGCCCUCUCCGGCGACCAAACCCUCGUCUCCACCGGCGAUAACUUCGUGCUCGGCUUCUUCAAACCAGGCAAGUCUCCUCGCCACUACAUCGGCAUUUGGUACAACAAAGUCCCCAAACAAACCGUAGUUUGGGUCGCCAAUCGAGAAACCCCUGUUUCCGACCCCAAUUCCGCCAAACUCCUGAUUUCCGCCGGAAACCUAGUCCUGAUCGAUGAAUUAGGCGCUCAGAUUUGGUCCACGGAUGUGAAUCAAACAUCCAAUUCCAAUUCCAGCUUAGCUGCAGUGCUUCGCGAUGACGGGAAUUUGGUUUUGAGCGAUGGAUCCGGCUCAAAUCCGAGAUCCGGACGGAUUCUGUGGCAGAGCUUGGAUAAUCCGGUGCACACGUGGCUUCCGGGAGGGAAACUUUCGUAUGAUAAGAUCACGAAGGAGAAGCAGCUCUUAACUUCGUGGAAAAAUGCGGAGGAUCCGGCGAUGGGGCUUUUCUCGCUCGAGCUUGAUCUGAAUGGGAGUCAGUAUCUGAUUAAAUGGAAUAAGAGUCAGCAGUAUUGGACGAGUGGAGCUUGGAAUGGCCAUAUUUUUAGCUUAGUUCCUGAAAUGAGGUUGAAUUACAUUUAUAAUUUUAGCUAUGUUAAUAAUGAGAAUGAGACUUAUUUCACGUAUUCUCUGUAUAAUCCGACUAUUAUAUCGCGUUUUAUUAUGGAUGUGUCGGGGCAGAUCAAGCAGCUUUCGUGGGUUAACGGUGAUUGGAACUUGUUUUGGACUCAGCCGAGGGAGCAAUGCCAAGUUCAUGAUUACUGUGGGGGAUUUGGUAGCUGCCAGAAUGCGUUGCCGUUCUGUAGUUGCUUGCCAGGGUUUGGGGUUAGGAACCAGAGUGAUUGGGAUUUGAAUGAUUAUUCGGGUGGUUGUGUUAGGGAGAUGAGCUUGCAGUGUAGUGGUAAUGGUACUGGUUCUGGUGGGAGGGGAGAUAGGUUUUGGUCUGUCUCUGAUGUGAAAUUGCCUGUGAAUGAGAAGCCGUUGACGGUUGGGAGUGUUGGAGAGUGUGAGUCGAGUUGCUUCCGUGAUUGUUCUUGCACGGCUUAUGCCUAUGAGGAAGGAAGAGGAUGUUCUGUUUGGAAUGGGGAUUUGGUGGAUCUGCAGCAGUUGAAUGAAGGAGAUGGUAAUGGUAAAGUGAUUCACAUUAGGCUGUCUGCCUCUUCACAAGUGUUUUCUGGUUCGAAGAAUAGUAAGGGGUCUAUGAUUGGUAUUGUUGUGGGCUGUGUUGGUGGUGGCUUGGUCGUUGUGGCUGUAGUAGUGGGGUUGAUUUGGAGGAGGCGGAGACGUGCAGUUGGGAGUUCUAAAGCAGUGGAGGGUUCAUUGGUUGCAUUUGCAUACAAGGACUUGCAGAAUGCAACGAAGAACUUCUCGGAUAAGUUGGGAGGUGGUGGCUUUGGAUCUGUUUUUAAGGGCACUUUACCUGAUUCAACAGUCAUUGCUGCUAAGAAGCUCGAGAGCAUCACACAGGGAGAGAAGCAGUUUAGGACAGAGGUCAGCACGAUCGGGACGAUUCAACACGUGAAUCUUGUGAGGCUCCGUGGCUUCUGCUCAGAAGGUAGUAAGAAGUUGUUGGUUUAUGAUUACAUGGAGAAUGGCUCCUUGGACUCGCAUCUCUUCUACGCGAAUGAGACCAAGUUCUUGGAUUGGGAGACGAGGUACCAAAUCACCCUUGGGAUCGCUAGAGGGUUGUCGUAUCUUCAUGAGAAAUGCAGGGACUGCAUCAUCCACUGCGAUAUAAAACCAGAGAACAUAUUGCUGGAUCCUGAGUUCUGUCCCAAGGUGGCGGAUUUCGGCCUGGCCAAGCUCAUGGGGCGUGAUUUCAGCCGUGUCCUCACCACCAUGAGAGGAACGAGGGGCUACCUUGCGCCUGAGUGGAUAUCCGGAGUUGCCAUAACAGCAAAAGCAGACGUCUACAGCUAUGGGAUGAUGCUUUUUGAGUUAGUCUCCGGAAGGAGAAAUUCAGAGAACUCGGAGGAUGGGGCUGUCAAAUUCUUCCCCUCGUGGGCAGCCAACGCAAUUGUCAAUGGAGGUGACGUGCUUGGCCUAUUGGAUCCCGUGUUGGACAGAAACGCUGAUGUGGAACAGGUGUUGAAGAUUUGCAAGAUUGCCUGUUGGUGCAUCCAAGAUGAUGAGAACACAAGGCCUUCAAUGGGGCAGGUUGUUCAAAUUCUUGAAGGCCUAAUGGAUGUGAACGUGCCUCCGAUCCCUCGUUCGCUCCAGGUCUUUGUUGAGAGCCAGGAACAUAUAGUGUUCUUCACUGACUCAUCCUCUACGGACCAGAGCUCGCAGGCGAAGAGCAACACCUCAAGUGCUUCGACUAACUCCAAGAACAGCGCGUUGUCAUCAAAGGGUUAGUCUUACUUCGCAUUGACAUGAUUUGGAUUACACAUAUGCUUUUAGAUUCUAUUGCAAGAAAAUGUUAAGCCCUCUAAAUAAAACUAAGUUAGGAAUCUUGACAUAGGCAGGUGAAGCUUGAGUAAGCUAUAGUAUAGAGUAUAUAUAUGUUUCAUUUUCCUGUUUUGUAUUUAUAGCAUUUUGUGAUCAAGAUUUAUAGUUUGUAAGCUUGUUGAA